UGGAGGUUUCAGACGUUGAGGUCUUUCUGAAAUCAAAUGUUGACGAGGAGGUAUGGUACAAACUUCUCGACCCUCAUCCGUUUUAUGAAAAAGUCUGGAAGACAUUUUUAUGGAAAGCUAGAUUAGCAAAAUAUGUCCUUGACUAUUUGCACGAAAAUCCGGGUUCUCUAUUUCAAGAUAUGAAACAGAACUUUUAUGAUUGGACAACAAGGCUGCGAGGGAAUGAUGGAAAUUACAGAGAUUGGAUAAGUGCUGUCAAUGGGAAUCAAGAUUUUAGGUCAAUAGUGGCGAAUAGCAUUGAUUUCCUGUGGAAUCAGGCGUAUAAUAUCGGCGAAGAUUAUUCAAAUCUUUUUUUUUUCAAAGAUGAAUUUUGUCCUUCAUUAUAUUCGAACGUUUCCAACGCCGCUAAAGUGGAAAAAACAGUUGUCACAAAUUUAGCAUACGUUUGGUUUAACGACUUAUUCCCCAAACAUUUAAAUCAAAUUGAAGUUAUUGUAAACAAUAAUAUGGAAAAAGUUAAUGGUUUAGAACUCGAAGAUGAAGAGUGCAGGAUCCUUGAUCAUGAAGGGAGAAUCCCCGAAUUCAAAGAUUGCAUUUCUACAGAACAGCAAAUAUACACCAAGGUUAUUAUUGACAAUGUGCCGAUCUACGUUGGGGACGCUGUCGAAGUAUAUCCUGAUAUUGAGGGGGAACGCUGGAUUUGUUAUAUAACCGAAUUUCAGAAGAUUAAUGAUUCUGGUACAUUCCGCUUAAUUUGGUUGUAUACUCGCGAGCAGUCCAUUCUCGGUAACCUCAAUCGGGACUUCGGAUCAAUGUACGAAAAAGAAGUUUUCUUUACAACACAUUGUGAAUGCAGUUUUCUUCCAAUGGGAAUCAAUAAAAUAAUGCGCAAGGUGAAAAUAUACUACAAUGAACCGGAGUACCUGGACUUGAAUGGCGAUCAUCUAUUUUUCUGCCGAUAUUAUUAUCGACAUACAGAAUGUGCCUUCUUGAGAUUUUAUCAAGAAAUGCUUAAAAAGAAAAAUGGAAAAUUACCGUGUGGCUGCGCUAGUCUUAAGGUUUCGAGUGAUUUUGAGAACUUUUUGAAAUCAUACGAUGUUGGUGACUGCAUCUUAGUUAAUCCGCUCAACGGUGACCCUCAAGAUUUAUAUACCGUGUGUAGCGUAGAGAGUAUUGACUCAAAAGAAGAAACCAUCAAUUUAAGAAGAUUUUAUAGGGUUAGUGAAGUCAGCGAGAAGUAUGAAUUAAACAAAAUCAAUGAGGUUUUAUAUUCAGACUAUAUUUUUGAGUUUAACGAUUUUCAAAAGGUGAUUAGAAAAUGUCACGUAGAAUUUGUGGAUCCCAAUCGUCCUUUACCGAUUAAUCUCCAGCACAAGGGUGCCGGUAAUCAGUUUUUCUUUUGGAGAAAGUAUCACUGUAGUAUAAACAUAAUAAGCCCUAUAGUAGAUUGUGGUAAAUUUCGUGCAAAGUUCCCUAAUUACCUUGAAAAAACCGGACAUAUAGCCAGACUCCGUGGAUUAGAUUUAUUUUGUGGAGGCGGUUCAUUAGGUCGUGGGCUGGAAGAUGCAGGAGUGGUGCAUUGUCAAUGGGCAAUAGAUAGAGAUGUGGCAGCCCUAAGAACAUACCGCCAUAACGUGCAGGGAGAUCACACCAAUAUCAUUAACGAGGAUGUCAACAAAGUUCUUCAAGAUUUAAUUCUUGGUACGGGUGAUACCCAAAGUAUUCCGGAUAAAGGUGAAGUAGACAUUAUUCUCGCAGGUCCACCUUGCCAAGGAUUCAGCUCCUUAAAUAGAGAAAAGGAGAAUGAAAGGAGCAUAUACAACAAUUCUAUGAUGGCUUCUGUGGCUUCCUUCAUAGAUUAUUACAGACCUCGUUAUAUUCUGAUAGAAAACGUUACCGAAAUUACAAAACAUCAAGUAUUUGUGAGAUUAUUGGGAUUUUUACUAGAUCUUAAAUAUCAAAUUAGAUUUAAUGUAGUAUCAGCUGCUCAUGUGGGAUGUGCUCAAAAACGUUAUAGGAUAUUUUUAUGGGGAGCUUCCAGGGAUGAGGUAUUGCCUGAAAUGCCUCCAAUGACACAUGAAUACAAGAAUCACAGUAAAUUCAGGGAAAUAAAGAUAUUCCAAAUGAGUGGUUUCGAGUAUGAGGAAGCCGCCAGUUUUCCAAUGAUAACGAUAAGAGAUUUAAUUGAUGAUCUACCAAGUAUUGAUACAGGAAUUUAUUGGUAUCCCGAGUACCCAGAUCACCAUACGCUUGUCCUGAGUAGAGAAUUUAGGGAAAUUCUUCGCAGAAUUCCACCGUGUUCCCAUUAUUACCAUGCUCUAGAUAGUGAAGACAUAUUUUCGACCAUAAUUACUGGAAUGUCUGGUGAUGCCUGUUGUCCGAAGGCUGUUCACUAUGAAGAGCCUCGUAUGUUAUCUGUAAGAGAAGCAGCCAGGGCACAAGGAUUCUUAGACUCUGAUUUAAUUUGCGCUCGUAUACGCGUUAACAGAUCCUCAACACAAAUCAAACCCAAGAAACUUACCAAUAACCGAUUAGAAUACUAUCGCAAUUUCGGUAACAGUCUAUGUGAUUAUGGAUUUCAAUGGCUAUUGAAUUCUAACGAAAAUAUUAUCACUCUUCAAUUUAUAGAACAAUGCCAAUUUCAACAUUGUUUGAUUAUGGGUUUC